AACCGAAUACAGACAGGCAAAGGAAAAGCAGGUGCAAUCUCAGACUGGAACAGGAAAGUGUGACAAGGCAAGACAGGAAAACACACUACAGCCAUGGGAGCAGGAGCCUUGACAUGUUUGAUGUUUGUUGUUAUUGCUCUGAAUGCAAUCGCUGCUGCAGCAGGACUGGCAUUAUUCGCAGUGGCCAUUUGGGUAGCAGUAGACGGGUAUAAACUUUACCCCAUAUCUAGCGUGUCAGGGAAAGAUGAUAUCUUUGCCGCUGCCUGGAUUGCCAUUUUUACAGGCUUUGCCUUCUUCCUCACGUGCAUCUUUGGCAUCUUUGCUGCCCUGAAAAGAAGCCGUGGAUUCAUGAUGGCGUACCUUAUCAUAAUGUUCAUCAUCUUUCUUUUUGAAUGCGCAUCCGCCAUCACAGCAGCGACCAACCGGGAUUAUCUGGUUGGGAACAGUAACUUAGUAAAGAAACAGAUGCUACAAUACUAUGCGGACAGCAGCACACAAGGAAAGCAGAUUACACAGACAUGGAACAGAGUGAUGGAACAGGUAGAGUGCUGUGGAGUAGACGGUCCGGCAGACUGGUUUCAGUAUAACUCUACCUUUAAACAGAUGUUCGGUUCUACAUACAUCUGGCCCCUCAGCUGCUGCAAGAGACUGAGUACCUUUGAGGUGGAAGAUAAAGAAGGCUGUAUGGUUGGCAAGGCCGCCACCAUAUUCUCAAAGGGUUGCUUCCAGCACAUUGAAUCUGUAUUAAGCCGUUACACCUGGGCUGUGAGUUGGUACGGUUUCUCCGUUCUCAUGUUAGUGUUUCUCACAUUAAUGAUUGCCAUGAUCUACUACAUGCAGCUGGAAUAACUACGUACACUGCACGACACAUCUGCCAGCUGCACAGAUGCUUCCACUCUUGCGGUCACAGAACAUUACAGAUGAUUGCAGAUUGCACAUGGAUAAUUGAUAUGACAAGUUUCAUGCAUUCUUGUAUAAUUAUCAUGCAUUCAUUUUUUAUGAUGUCCUAUUUGACCUCCAUUUAGCACAAAAGGAAGGUUCCAGGUUCAAUACAAGUUAAUCUUUUAAA